UUACUCGAUUGCCACGCCAACUGGAGCACCAACACUCACAUUUUUAUUUUCUGUUAGAAAAGUUGGUCCCACCUGGCUGUAUUUACUCAAGGUCGUGUAAAUGUUCAUGGUGAAAACGUUCCUGUCAGGUACACCAUAUUUCUGUAAAUCACUGAACCAAGCUGCGACACUCGCUGCUGCAGCUUCUGUCUUGUUAUUGGUCUUGGAUGGUAUCAUAUGCAUAUUGUUCCCCCAUCGCUUCAACAUUGCCGCCAUGUUCAUUCCAAAUGUGCAACCCUUGGCCCAUUCCAUCGCAUUUGCUUCAACAUUGCAAUCGUAGUUCACUUUCAACAUUCUAGCUGCUUUUGGAGCAAUUUGUCCAGGUUUUCCUUUGGCCUGUCCUUUAGCAAUAAGCGAUCGAUACUCAUUGUGCUUGUCGACGAACAUCUUUCUAGCUUCAUCGGUCAUUCCAUUAUUAAGUUCAGGGCAUGACCCAGCUGAAGGACUACCUUUUUGUAUCGGAUAGCAACGGUUGUUGUUGGUCUCUUUGUGGUCGUUGUUGUUGUAGUGGGAGCUGCUGGAAUAGGAACGUAUUCUGGAGGUAUGCAAAGGGCCUCAUCUUUGCUACAAAUGCAGUCAGCGCAUUUGCAGUCGGCGUCAGUUGUACAUGGAUCUCCCAUCUCGUAUACCACCCAUCCAGGAUUAUCACCUGAAGGGUUAUAA